AGCAGCAGUAGCAGCAGCGGUGGUGGUAGCAGUGGUGGUGGUGGUGGUGUCGGCGGCGUGACGUGACGUGCUGCGGAACACAAGUAGGUCGUUAAACGUCGUCCACGCCUCGGUGUGUCGCGAGCGCGUGAUGCGGCUCGCUCCGUGAGACGGCGAGGCGGGAAAAAAAAAAAAGGAGGAAGAGGAUGAGCGGGGCAAUGGCGGAGAAGUGGCGCGGACGUUGAGGACAACACUCGGAACACAAACGUGGGACUGUUUUCUUUUAGUUUUAGUGUCCGUCAUGGAGGACUCGGAGCCCGCAGAGGACGGCUUGCUCGCGGGCUUACGGUGGAACCGGAGCGCGCGGGACCAGGCUCAGCUCAAGCACAAAAUCCGGGACCUGCCGGGACUACUUAAGCACGGACUGCACCUGCGGAAGAAGAGCCAAUCACCUGACACCAUACCAGGACCCAGUGCUGGACCCACGGUACACAAGUCUUGCUCCCAGAGUUUUCCCUGUGCUGGCCGGGCCGUGAGAAACGCCUUCCUCUCCCACGGACCAUACCCAGCUAAAGACAAGAUACACCUGGCCAGAAUCAUACGACGCAGUUAUGUGGGCGUGGAGCUGGUGCAGUGGCUGUGUGAGCAGUGUGUUUACGUCCGAUGUCGGACCGCCGCCGCGCGUGUCUGGCAGGUGCUGCUGGAGCUGGGAGUCCUUCUGUCCGUGGACCAGCGAGUGGUCUUCUCCGACUCCAACACGUACUACCAGUUCAGUUUCGAGGAGUGCGACUCGACCGCCUGUGAGUUUCGUGCCAACGAGGGGGAUUGGCCAGAGGCUGUUAGGCUCCUCCUUCAACUUGCUCCAUACGUUCAAUUUCGCUCAGGAGACCGAAACAACAGCCCGUCAGAGGAGGACUCUGAAGGAAACCGCGAUGUGUGCAGUGAGAUUCUGCAGAUGAAAGCUCUGGAAAGGCUCACAUCCACGGUGCAAAAUGAGCUGGCGGCUGCUCUCGCCCGAAAGACACGCAAAGCUUUAGCGGAGCAGGACUCUGACAUGGUCGAGACCAGGCAGCAGGAGAUUCGUUCACCCAGCGCGGAGACCAGCCCGCUGGGCAGCGUGUGCGCUCUGCGGGACGGUGGCGGCAGCGUCGGAGGAGGAGGAGGAGGCGGAGGUGGCGGGAGUACGGGGAGCGUGUGCGCCCGAGAGGAGCUGACCAGCCGGCUGGGCUUGGAGGCCGUUCAGCGUCUGGCCAAGGAUGGCUGCCGGCUGCUGCAGAACCACAACUACCGGCUGCCUGACAGGAACCAGGCGGAGGUUGUUGGGAGGGUUUGUCUGAAGGAGCGAGGUCGGGACGUGUUGGUGUUGCAGCGAGUGACCACGACGCUGACGUCGCCAUCGGAGCGGCCCUCGCCCACAUCGUCAGGGGGCGGGUGCAGAGAGGAAGAUAAAAGGUACGUGGUGGUGUCUGGAACGCCGCUGAAGAUCCUGGAGCAUCUGCUGAGUGACCUGCAGCUGGACGACCAGAGAGGGGCGCUGGAGUGCAGGGAGAGCGAAGUGCUGUUGGAUGACUUCCUGUUGACCUACCUGGUGUUCAUGUCCACCCACGACCUCUGUCAAGCCCUGCUGGGACACUACAGCAGCGCACGCAGCCGCGGCCAGGAGGAGGGCAAGGACGCCCUCUUCAGGAAGCGCAAGGUCCUGCAGCUGGUCUCCCACUGGAGCCGACUCUACAAGGACUUCCUGAAAGAGGAGGAGCAUGUUCGGGGCUUCAUGAAGACUCUUUACAGGUGUGUGUUGGAGGACCUGUACGAGUUCCCCGCGCUGGAGAACGACCUCAAAGAGUUCCAGAAGCUUCUGCGCCGCAGGCACACAGUGGAUGACUGCCCUCCCAACCAAAAGAGCAAGCAAAUGCACCAGCAGUUGAGUCUGAAGGAGAACUGUCUGCAGCUCCGACGUCCUCUUUCUGAGACGAGAGAAGUCAUUUGCUGCGUGUACGUGAGCAGCGACUCCUACCUGAGCGUGCACACUCAUCCCUCGCUGGAAGCUCACGAGCUGUUGAGGAUUGUUGGACUGAAGAUGGACAAGUCAGAGGAAGACACGGUGCUGGCUGUGGUGUCUCACACUGGAGAGCGGAGGAUGUUGCAUCCCAGCGAUUGUGUGUAUUCCGAGUCUCUGACCCCACAAGGCAAGCUUGUAGCGUGUCGCAGGGACCUCACGGAGAUGUUGCCUCCUUUAACAGACAGCGCUGAGCUCAGCAGGAGGCCUGCGCGCCUUUUGGGAAUCAACACCUGGGACAUGGCGGCGGCACUCACACACCUGGACUGGAGCCUCUUCAAAUCCAUCCAUGAGCAAGAGCUGGCGUACUACACCCUCAGCCGCGUCCCCGGCGGCGCCCACACCGCCGCGCUGUCCGUCCUGCUGCAGCGCUGCAACGAGGUCCAGCAGUGGGUCAUGUCCGAGGUCCUCAUGUGCGUGUCGCUCAACAAGAGGGUGCAGCUGCUCAAGAAGUUCAUCAAGAUCGCGGCGCACUGCAAGGCUCAGAGGAAUUUGAACUCGGCCUUCGCCAUCAUCAUGGGCCUGAACACCGCCGCCGUCAGUCGCUUGAACCAAACCUGGGAGAAAUGUCCUGGCAAGUUCAAGAAGCUCUUCUCGGAGUUGGAGCUGAUCACGGAUCCAUCUCUGAACCACAAAGCCUACAGAGAAGCGUUCAAGAGGAUGAAGCCUCCAAAGAUCCCUUUCAUGCCUCUUCUCCUAAAAGAUAUCACCUUCAUCCACGAGGGCAACAAGACCUUCCACGACAACCUGGUCAACUUUGAGAAGUUGCACAUGAUCGCAGACACAGUCCGAAUGAUCCGACACUGCCAAAGUGAACAACCAGGCAACGAGGUGAUCGGGGCGGACAGCGCCGACCUGAGGGCGAGCGUCCACUACCUGCACAUCAUCGACAAUCAGCAGACGCUCUUCCAGCUGUCCCACAAACUGGAGCCUCGGGCCUGACGGGGCGCCACGGUGGUGAUGCCAGGAGCAGUGAGUAGUCGUUGAACACCAGGACGCCCAGCUCAGCACCAGGUGCCAUUUUUUUGUCCCCCCUUUGCGUGUGCCAGCAGGAUGUAAUGACGCUGUACAGUAUCUAUUGGACUAAAUAUGAUCUUCUGGUUCCUUCUGAGGCGGAAUGUUCCUUUUAUUUGUGACGGCCGCCUCAUUUCACGUACCAAAAAAAAGAAGAUUUUUGAUGUCGUCUUUAUGUUUGACUGCAUAUCUAUUGAAUACGUUCCACGCACAAGCUGCUAGGCGUGUCUUGUUUACCUUUUUGUUGUGCGGUUGACGGCGAGACACGAGCGUUCAUGAAACUUACCUCCACUUACCACUUUUCACCGCGGACUGAAGGGAACCUUUUUGACUGACCCGGAAGUCCUCCAACAAGGUGUCCUGGUUGCGGUGUGGCCUGAUAUCCUGCAUCACCAAUGCACUCUUUAAGGCGAUUUUCUCUCUCACACGAGCAGCUGAAGUCCAGAGGGGCGUGUUUAAUAGCUCGCCACGCCACCUGGGGUUGCCAUGGAUACAGCCAAAUCGAUAACAUUUGUACGAUCAGUGUUUGUGCAGACAAUUCUACUCCAAAUGUUUGGUUGCAUUUCUACACAUAAAGUGUUGGUUUUGUAAUGUCACAGAAUCGUACUCUUUAUCGGCAAGAACACUUUGUGGGGACCGUCUAAUGAGAUCCAGGACAAGAUUUGUCGUCUGUACACCAGACCAGUGUUUCCCACCUAAACAUAAGACGCACAAAUUGUGUUUUGUACAUAUGUUAGCCGCACUCGUCUGUUGGCCGCAGUGUGACAUAACGUUUUUACACAGGCGCUUUUUUUAAUUCGCAAAUGUAACAAAAGUCAGCAAAGCGUGUAACAAAGCGUCCUCCUACUCCUGUGCGCUAGUCGUCGUCUUUGGGGUCCGGCUUUUUUCUAUCGUCUUUGGCUUCGGGGCUGCGUCUUGUGCGUUUCCUCCAUGACGAGGGUGAGUCCAUAGCGUGCCCAAUGACUGACUGGAUGAUUGUGUGAGUGUGUGUGAUUUAAUGUGGACAUUUUCAUUGGUCUGAAGGGAUGAAGAUACAUUUUUUAAAAUUAUAAUUAAUCAUUAUUAGAUGACCCUUUUUUCUAAUUACGCAUGUGCAUGUAUUUUUUGUUAAAAGGCCAAAUAAAAGAAAAAUCUGUUAUUAUUACUAUCAACAUUUCAGCCUUUUCUUGUUACAUUUAUGCCCUUUGGUUGUAUUUUUGCCGGGGGUUUUUUUCAUUUUAUUUCUACAAUGUGCUUACGUAUUUCCCUGGAAAAGACGGGAAGUUUUGCCGAGUAUCUCUAGACUCUGUCUGGUCUUAUGGAGGCGUUCCGCACGCUUCCACGCCUCGUCUUUGGGGCAUGGCGGUCAAGCCUUUCGGACCCCUUUUUCUAUCGUCUUUGGCUUCGGGGCUGCGUCUUGUGCGUUUCCUCCAUGACGAUGGUGAGUCCAUAGCGUGCCCAAUGGUUGGCUGGAUGAUUGUGUGAGUGUGUGUUAUUUAAUGUGGACAUUUUCAUUGGUCUGAUGGGAUGAGUAUACAUUUUUUUAAAUUAUUAUUAUUAUUAGAUGACCCUUUUGUCUAAUUUGCACAAUUGACCAUUACGCAUGUGCAUGUAUUUUUUGUUAAAAGGCCAAUUAAAAGAAAAAUCUGUUAUUACUAUCAACAUUUCGGCCUUUUCUAGUUACAUUUAUGCCCUUUUGUUCUAUUUUUGCCGGGGGUUAUUUCAUUUUAUUUCUACAAUGUGCUUACGUAUUUCCCUGGAAAAGACGGGAAGUUUUGCCGAGUAUCUCCAGACUCUGUCUGGUCUUAUGGAGGCGUUCCGCACGCUUCCACGCUUCGUCUUUGGGGCAUGGCGGUCAAGCCUUUCGGACCCCUUUUUCUAUCGUCUUUGGCUUCGGGGCUGCGUCUUGUGCGUUUCCUCCAUGACGAUGGUGAGUCCAUAGCGUGCCCAAUGACUGACUGGAUGAUUGUGUGAGUGUGUGUGAUUUAAUGUGGACAUUUUCAUUGGUCUGAUGAGAUGAAGAUAAAAAUUUUUUAAUUAGUAUUAAUUAUUAUUAUGAUUAGAUGACCCUUUUGUCUAAUUUGCAUAAAUGACCAUUACGCAUGUGCACGUAUUUUUUGUUAAAAGGCCAAAUAAAAGAAAAUUAUGUUAUUAUUACUAUCAACAUUUCGGCCUUUUCUUGUUACAUUUAUGCCCUUUGGUUCUAUUUUUGCCAGGUUUUUUUUCAUUUUAUUUCUACAAUGUGCUUACGUAUUUCCCUGGAAAAGACAGGAAGUGUUGCAGAGUAUCUCCAGACUCUGUCGAGUCUUAUGGAGGCGUUCCGCACGCUUCCACGCCUCGUCUUUGGGACAUGGCGGUCAAGCCUUUCGGACCCCUUUUUCUAUCGUCUUUGGCUUCGGGGCUGCGUCUUGUGCGUUUCCUCCAUGACGAUGGUGAGUCCAUAGCGCGCCCAGUGGCAGGCUGAAUGAUUGUGUGAGUGUGUGUGAUUUAAUGUGGACAUUUUCAUUGGUCUGAUGAGAUGAAGAUACAUUUUUUUUUAAUAAUUAUUAAUUAUUAUUAUUAUUACAUUACCCUUUUGUCUAAUUUGCAUAAUUGACCGUUACGCAUGUGCAUGUGUUUUUUGUUAAAAGGGCAAAUAAAAAGAAAAAUCUGUUAUUAUUACUAUCAACAAAAAGCUUACAGUCCGGGAAUAACGAUCGAUGACUGCUAUGUCUAAUUUCCAUAAUUGACCAUUACGCAUGUGCAUGUAUUUUUUGUUAAAAGGCCAAAUAAAAUAAAAUUAUGUUGUUAUUAUUAGUAUAAACAUUUCAGCCUUUUCUUGUACAUUUAUGCCCUUUUGUUCUAUUUUUGCCGGGUUUUUUUCAUUUUAUUUCUACAAUGUGCUUACGUAUUUCCCCGGAAAAGACGGAAAUGUUGCCGAGUAUCUCCAGACUCUGUCUAGUCUUAUGUUGGCGUUCCGCACGCUUCCACGCCUCGUCUUUGGGGCAUGGCGGUCGAGCCUUUCGGACCCCUUUUUCUAUCGUCUUUGGCUUCGGGGCUGCGUCUUGGGCAUUUCGUCCAUGACGAGGGUGAGUCCAUAACGCGCCAAAUGGCUGACUGAAUGAUUGUGUGUGUGUGUUUGGUUCAAUGUGAACAUUUUCAUUGGUUUGAUGGGACAAAGACAUUUUUUUCAAAUUAGUUUCCGCGUUCAAAGCGUGGGGGGAAAAAAUAGCAGCUUACAGUCCGUAAAUUACGAUCAAUGACCCUUUAUGUCUAAUUUGCAUAAUUGACCAUUACGCAUGUGCAUGUUUUUUUUGUUAAAAGGCCAAAUAAAAUAAUAUUAUUAGUAUGAACAUUUCAGCCUUUUCUUGUUACAUGUAUGCCCUUUUGUUCUAUUUUUACCAGGGUUUUUUUUCCCCAUUUUAUUUCUACAAUGUGCUUACGUACUUCCCUGGAAAAGACGGGAAGUGUUGCCGAGUAUCUCCAGACUCUGUCGAGUCUUAUGGAGGCGUUCCGCACGCUUCCACGCCUCGUCUUUGGGGCAUGGCGGUCGAGCCUUUCGGACCCCUUUUUCUAUCGUUGGCUUCGGGGCUGCGUCUUGUGCGUUUCAUCCAUGACUUGGGUGAGUCCAUAAUGCGCUAAAUGGCUGACUGAAUGAUUGUGUGUGUGUGUGUGUGUGUGUGUGUGUGUGUGUGUGUGUGUGUGUGUGUGUGUGUGUGUGUGUGUGUGUGUGUGUGUGUGUGUGUGUGUGUGUGUGUGUGUGUGUGUGUGUGUGUGUGUGUGUGUGUGUGUGUGUGUGUGUGUGUGUGUGUGUGUGUGUUUGGUUUAACGUAAACAAUUUCAGUGGUCCCCCGUUACCCAUUCAGCAAUUUCAUUGGUCUAAUGGGAUGAAGUUAAAUUUAUUGCAUAUUCCAUACGAAGCUGGGGGGGGGGAAAUAGCAGCUUACAGUCCGGAAAUUACGGUCGAUGACCCAUUUGUCUAAUUUGCAUAAUUGACCUUUACGCAUGUGCAUUAAUUUUAUUCUGUUGUUUUUGGUAGUAUCAACAUUGCAGCCUUUUCUUGUUACAUAUAUGCCUUUUUGUUCUAUUUUUGCCUGGGUUUUUUAAAAAAUGUAUUCCUACAAUGUGACACCCGUGGUUUACGUAUUUCACCGGAAAAGGCGGAAGUGUUAUAGCGAGUGCCUCCAGACUGUCUAGUCUUGUGGAGGCGUUCCGCACACUUCCACGCCCUGUCUUUGGGGCACGGCGGUCGAACCUUUCGGACCCCUUUUUCGGUCAUCUUUGGCUUUGGGGCUGUGUCUUGUGCAUAUUGAGGGUGAGUCCAUAACAGGCUAAAUGGCUGACUAAAUCAUUUUGUGAGUGUUUAUUUUAGGGCUUGUUGAGGUGCCCUCCAUGUCCGAUCUACCGAGUAAACGCGUCAAGGAAGAAAUUUCUCCGCGUGGGAAUUCAGACGGGUAGUUACACCGCGCGGGUUACGGAAAACAUUACACUCUUAUAUUUUUUCUACAACUCUUGUCUUGGAUCUCAUCAGAUUGUGGUUCUGUUGUGUUGUUGGUGCCAAAUAUAAAUGCUAUAGAAGACUAAUUGUUGUCAACACUGUUACUGUUAUUCACUACCAUGCAGCAUUAUGUCCUCCUGAGAACCAACGUCCUCUGCAGUGGACAUUUGUGGGGGGGUUUCACCGCUGAAGAGGACGCUGGUUCUCAGGGGGCUUCUGGGAAAUCUUCACGAAGUGUUUCCAAAGACUGAGACUUGAUAGACCACAGGAUGGACGAGUCACAAAGACACUCCACAUGUGUUUGUAUUUUCUUCUUGAUUUGAUGGAGUUCUCCAAUGGCCACCGUGCAGGAAGAAUGUUCUGCUGCUUAGUCUGGAGGAGCAAAUCCAGAAGUGAUGCUCCUCUCCUCCCGGAGACAUUUCCAGAACUGUGAAGGGGAGCGUUUUAAGGAGUCUCGACUUUGGAAAGUUGUACUGUUUGCAUGAUUGAAAAACAGAAAAAAGACAAUGCAAAGAGGGCAUGUUGAAGACUUUGUACUUGUAAAUGUUGUCAAUACUUGUACUGUUCUUAUUUAUUUGGUGCAAAGGAGGAGAAGAAAAGUCAACCACUAAGCAAUAUGUUCAUGUCUUUUCUAUAGAGCCGUUUUAUUAUGUGGAACAUUUGAACUGGAAAUGAAUAAAUUAUAGCUUUUAUGUGAAACCAGCCGUUGUGGUGGUGUGAAUGUGUGCACGUGACAUUUGACCAAAACAUCUCUUGCAGCGUGUCUUUUACAUUCAUCUGCUGACAUGCAGCGAAC